UUUAAUCGGUAAUUUUGUCAGUCGUUUGAGUCACGCGGUCUUAGCAACGUGAAGUAGUCUCACGUUGUGCUCGUGAGUGAAAAAGAUUAAUUUCACGUGGUAGUUACACAACAGUUUAUUAAAUUAACUCGAAUUUAAUUGCAUAUAGAACGAUUUAAAUAAUUAGAUAAUUAUGGCGCAAUUAGUCAGCCAAUUAACACGACAAACAAUUAAAAAUUUAUCUUGUGUUAACACGAUAAAAUACUUGAGCUGUCAGAAAAAAUCUACUGCGCAUGUUUAUGUCAGAACUAUUGUAACGACAUCUAUCUUAGCCGACAGGUGGUACACAGACAAACAUGAAUGGAUUGAGUUGAAUGAUGACAUAGGUACUGUUGGAAUAUCUAAUUACGCUCAAGAUGCUCUUGGAGAUGUUGUUUACGCGCAAUUGCCUGACGUGGGGACUGUUAUAAAAAAAGAAGAAGAAGUUGGUGCUCUGGAAUCGGUGAAAGCUGCAUCGGAAAUAAUAAGCCCGAUAACAGGAAAAGUAAUUGAAAAAAAUACAUUGGUUGAAAAUAAACCCGGGCUGAUUAAUACCUCGCCGUACAAAGACGGAUGGCUGUUUAAAGUUAAAGUUGAUGAUGUAAAUGAAGUAAAGUCGCUGAUGAACGAAGAAUCUUAUGAAGAAUUUUUAAAGUCAGAUCCUCAUUAAAUAAUAAAAUAAAUUAUAGGAUUUAUCAAUGACUUAUUACAAUUGCUCUAAUUAAUUUUUUAUGUUAAUAAAGAUAUAUUUACAAUCAA